AUGCCUAACAGACUGGACCAUCACAUCUUCACUAAAGGUGAAUGGUGGCAGGCCCAACUCAAAGACCACCCAACAGUAACCAUAACCAUUUCUGUUGACAAACCAGCCACUAUCACAGAGAAAGCCCAUAGCACCCAAGUGACCACUACAGCCAUUGCAGACACAGGAACACAAUCCAAUCUGUGGUCUUUAGAGGAAUACCUCUCAUGUGGAUUCUCACGUGAUGACCUGCACCCUGUUUGCCUCAGUCUAACAGCAGCCAACCGUACUCCCAUUAGAAUAGAAGGUGCAUUCUUUGCCAAACUG